GCCAUCAUCAGCUCUCUCAAAGGGAAUCACACACCACAAUGGCGUUAAGGAAGCUCCAAACCGAGAUCGAUCGGACCCUCAAGGCCGUCGCUCAAGGUGUGGAGACGUUUGAGGCUACCUUCGACAAGCUCAACCAUGCGUCCAACUCGACCCAGAAGGACAAGUUGGAAACGGAUCUCAAGACCCAGAUCAAGAAGCUCCAGCGCAUGCGUGACCAGAUCAAGGUCUGGCUCGGAAGCAGCGAUAUCAAGGACAAGAGCGCGCUGCUCGACAACCGCAAGUUGAUAGAAACGCAAAUGGAACGUUUCAAAGCCUUGGAAAAGGAAAUGAAGAUGAAGGCCUUCUCCAAAGAAGGACUCAUUGCCGCUGCCCGUUUGGAUCCAGCAGAAAAAGCCAAGCGGGACAUGGUCGACUGGAUCGGCAACACGAUCGACGAGCUGUCACGGCAAAUCGAGCAGACCGAGGCCGAAGCAGAACAGCUUCAGGUCACGGGAAAGAAGAAGAAGGCUGCGGGCGACCGGUUGUCCGAGCUCGAGCAGCUGAACGAGCGUCGACAAUGGCACAUUGGACGUCUAGAGAUUGUCCAGCGUGUCUUUGAGAACGGACAGAUCAACGUCGACCAGGUCGAGUCCAUCCAGGAGGACGUCAAGUACUUUGUCGAGGCCAACACCGAGGAGGACUUUGACUUUGAUCUUGGCAUUUACGACGAGCUCAACCUCCAGGAGGCCGAGGACGAGUACGGUGCCGCCGACUAUGGUCACAAUGCCGAGGACUCUUCCAACAUUGACUCGGCAUCCGUGGCCGACGAGUCGACAAAGACGCCAUCAAAGGAAGAACGAAAGUCGUCCAAGGCGUCGUCUGUGCCUCCUGUGGAUGACACUCCUCCCAGUCCUGUGCAGUCCAAGCGCGGGUCUACGAAGAAGACUGUCGCCGAGAAGGCAGCCGAAAAGGCCGAGGCCAAGGCGGCCAAGGCUGCUGCCGAGGCCCAGGCUGCCGCUGCGGCUACCGCCCCUCCUCCACAGACGACAUCGGUGCCUACGCCCACCAAGCCUGCACCGCUGCCACCAAUCCGUUACGCCGCUGCGGCUGCUGCCGCUGUUGGUGGAGCUGCGGCUGUUGCUCCCGCUGCGUCUACGCAUGCCGAGUCUGUCGCCUCGUCCUACCUUUCAAAGGACUCGCCUCAUGACGACGACCAGGGCUACGAGGGAGAGGAGGAGGAGGCUCACGAGGUUGCCUCGGUGCCCGAACAGCAGGCUUCCAACGGCUACGCUCCACCACCACCCCCUGGCAUCAGUGACUCGCCUUCGCCUCCUCCGCAGGACGGAGCCUCGGCGACGAACGGUCCUCUUGGCCAGCAGCAGCCCUACGCGCACGCCGAGUCUUCGCGUGCUGCCGCUGCAAGCUACAACUCUAGUCCCCGCAAGGAGCAGGGCGUUCUUGAGAACCUCAUGCAGAGCUUUGGCGUCGCCAAGGACAUGGCCGAGCGUCGUGCCAACGACCCCAACGGACUGCACGCUGCCCUGGACGUCAGCUUCCACAACGCGCCCACGCAGCUUGAUGGCGAGCCCCCACGGUACUACCAUCCUCAGAACCCAAUCACGACACCUUCGUACUACCCGCAGGUGCGCCUGCCCGCGCUCGAGGAGAAGAGCAUCUACCAGCGUCUGGACCUGGACCAGCUGUUCUACAUCUUCUACUACAUGACUGGAACAUACGAGCAGUGGCUGGCAGCACAGGAGCUCAAGCGCCAAAGCUGGCGUUUCCACAAGCAGUACCUGACAUGGUUCCAGCGGGCACAUAACCCUCAGGCCAUUACCGAGGACUAUGAGCAGGGUGGCUACUACUACUUUGACUGGGAGAACUCGUGGUGCCAGCGCCGCAAGAGCGAUUUCAGGUUUGAAUAUCGCUGGCUCUCAGACCAUUAGGAUGGCUCUCAGACCAUUAAAGUGUAGCUAGCAGCGAGAUGCAACAGUAGCAG